GAAUAAUACAAGAACCCAGUUCAAUGUCUCUUUGUCCAUUGAGAUGCCGAGGAAGAAACAAGUUGGGUUAUAUGAGAUGGUAGUCAGAGCUGGAAAUCUCUCGGACAUCGUCAGAUUUAAACUGAUUUAUCAGUAUGCUCCAGAGGUGUUUAUAAAAGGCACAGAUAGACAGUAUCCUUACUACCUUCUGCAGACCCCCUACAAAAUCUGGGCGGUUGUCUCGGCCGUGCCUCCAGCUACCUCUCAGGGCUGGCUCUGGCAGCCGUGCCAGGUUCCCCCGCGCUGUACAAUCAUCAGCAGUCGUUGGGAACAAUUUAAUUCAACAGCAAGGGGUCGUUUACAAUUCCAGGAAUCGGGACACCUUAGAUAUUUUGCUGAGAAUAAGAUGGGAUUAAGGUCAAAUGAAACUAGGAUUAACAUUGCAGAGUAUGAGACUGGAGUAGGUAUAGCUGUACAUGAAGACCAGUCGACAAUUAUAGAAACAUUUCCACUGACAAUCACUUGUAAAGCUACAAGAUGGGAGUAUUCAGAUGUAAAAGUUGUCUUUCGGAAAAAUCAACAAGAGGCAUGGAGUGACAUACAAAUAAAAAAUGGAACCACCCUGUUACCUAAGCGUUCCAAUUUGUCAUGGAUUUCUGAGUUGCAUAUAGAAGAGAUGACCUCCAACAAUACUGGCCUUUACACCUGUAGUGUCACAUACCUGAAUUCAACCCAAUACUAUCUGGAUGAGGAAAGGAACAUACAAAUGAAAUCCCUCAGAAUGCCUGUCUUCAUCAAAGGCAGUCCUUCAAGUGAGAAGCCAGUGGAAACCAACAGUGGACAUACAUACGUACUGGCUGACUGCAGUGCCAUCGGAGUACCAGCACCAUCUAUACAUUGGUACAAGGACGGACAACUCCUGAACACCAACAAUGACUCACUGGGUUUGAGUCUCUCCCCUGACAAUACAAGUUUAUCAAUCAAUCAGACUGGUGAAGAGCAUUCUGGGACAUAUGUUUGUGAGGUGGAGAACAUGGUGGGGGCCAUUUACAAAAACUGGACCCUACACAUCAAAACUUUUUCUAACCCUCCUGGAAGCUUAGUGUCUUCCGUUGAUGAAACUACCAUCAUUGCGGUUGUGAUAGCCUCCAUUAUAAUUAUUGUCAUCGUCGUGGGAAUCAGUGUCAUAUGUUACAGGCGAAGAUCCUUGGCCCUGCACAAAGAACUUGAGCAUCAGCUGAUCCAGCCCAAUGCCGACUAUAACCCUGACCUUCCCCUCGACGAACAGACAGGAUGUAUACCCUACGACCCGAAAUGGGAGUUCCCUAAAAAAAGGUUAAGACAAGGUAUGGUUCUGGGACAAGGAGCAUUUGGCCGAGUGAUCAAGGCCGAGGCCAUUGGAAUUCUGGAACAUGAAGAUGUCACCGUGGUAGCUGUCAAAAUGGUCAAAGAUUGUACAGACAGAGAACAAAUGAUGGCAUUACUGUCGGAACUGAAGAUUCUCAUUCAUGUGGGACAACAUCUUAACAUUGUCAACUUACUAGGGGCUGUCACCAAAGAUAUUAGAUAUGGUGAACUGUAUGUGAUUGUGGAAUACUGUCAUUUUGGAAACCUUCGAUCCUAUCUACUGAAGCAUAAGGAAGAAUUCAGAGAUGUAAUGGAGGACUACAUGGACCCAGCCCAUCAGAAAAAACGGGAAGCAGCACGAGAGGCGGCUGCCAAUAAGCCAUACUACUUAAACAAGGCUCAGAUGGAAAACACUGCCGACUUAGUGGGACCACCUUUGACCACAAAAAACCUCAUCUGCUGGUCAUUCCAGGUGGCCAGAGGGAUGGAGUACCUGGCCUCCAAAAAAUAUAUACACAGAGAUCUCGCAGCAAGAAAUGUUCUCUUAGCGGAGGACAACAUUGUCAAAAUAUGUGAUUUUGGGUUAGCCAAGGAUCUCUACAAUAAUCCAGAAUAUCUGAAGAAAACAGAUGGACCAGUGCCAGUGAAAUGGAUGGCUAUCGAGUCUCUAACACACAGACUGUAUACAACAAAGAGUGAUGUGUGGUCAUAUGGUGUUUUUCUAUGGGAGUUAUUUUCUCUAGGUGGUAGUCCGUACCCAGGGGUAGAGAUCAACGAGAAGUUUAUUGGGCUCCUACAGGAUGGAUACAGAAUGGAGAAACCACGAUAUGCCACCGAUGAAAUGUACAAGGUCAUGCAGGCGACCUGGAGGGCUGACCCGGAGGACAGACCUACUUUUACACAGCUUGCUAACAUCAUGGGGGAUUUCCUGGAAGAAAAUGUCAAACAGUAUUAUUUGGAUCUGAAUGAGCCAUAUUUGAAGAUGGUGGACCUUGAGGGUGGGGCUUGUGGGGGACCAGACAGUGAGGGCUAUCUUAAAAUGAGUGACAGAGACAAAAAGUCCGACUACCUUAAAAUGGGGCUGGCCCCUCCCCCACCUGUGGACCAAGAAGAGUACGAUGGGGGUGUGUCUUAUGUGAAUGAGAAAAAAUGGAACAAAAAGAAAGAGAAGGGAGAUUCUAUGGAGCUUCAGCCUCUGACAAAAUCUAUGGAAGAAGAAGAGGAGGUACAACUCCGUAAAAAAGAUCGUGAAAAUUCUCCCUCCAACACAAACAUGCGAGUGGAUGUUCAUAGAAGUGAUGAUACAGACAGUGGACAUUCCAGUACGUAUGCACCCGGCACACCGCCAGAUGUCGGAAAUGACGGCUACCUUGUACCAAAGAUGGGACCAGAUCAAACUCAGGUGUUUGUAUCGAGCAACAGAUCGGGUCCACCUAAAAAUAAAUCCAAGUGUAGUGAGUUUACCAAGGAUUAUCAUGAUCCACCACCAACUUACUCAACAGUAUUACAGGACAGCGACAUUGAUGUUUGAUGGUAAAGCUGGAAUCUUUCUCCU